CAUGGUUAUAUCAUGCACAUGAUAUUUGAACUUAUUAUGUUUUUAAUAUUGCGUGCAUAUGUAUAUUAUUAAGCUAUAAAGUACAUGAAAGUAAUAAAUCUUGUUAAUAAUUCAUUCUCUUAUAUGCAAAUUUAAUAAAUUUUCAAAACUUAUAUCGUAAAAAUGGGGACAUUGGAAUUAAAACAAACUUUGAGUGGUCAUAGGGGAAGGGUAUGGAAUAUUUGCUGGCAUCCAAAGGGUAGUUAUCUUGCAUCUUGUGGUGAAGAUAAAACAAUUAUAAUAUGGGGACCACAAGAUCCUAAAUGGGUUGUAAAAACUAUUCUUAUUGAGGGUCAUACUAGAACUAUUAGAGAAGUUGCAUGGUCUCCUUGUGGAAAUUAUAUAGCUUCUGCUAGUUUUGAUGCAACAACUGCAAUAUGGGAUAAAAAAACAGGACAAUUUGAGUGUAAUGCAACUUUAGAAGGACACGAGAAUGAAGUGAAAAGUGUUAGUUGGUCUUGUAGUGGACAUUUGUUAGCUACAUGUAGUCGUGAUAAAUCUGUCUGGAUAUGGGAGGUUAAUGAUGAUGAAUAUGAAUGUGCUGCUGUUAUUAAUGCUCAUACUCAAGAUGUCAAGAAGGUAAGAUGGCAUCCUAAUGAAGAAAUUGUAGCAUCUGCUAGUUAUGAUAAUACAGUAAAAAUAUUCAAAGAAGAUAUAGUGGAUAAUGAUUGGUCAUGUGUAGCAACAUUAUCAUCUCAUACAUCAACAGUUUGGAGUCUUGCAUGGGAUAAACAGAGUAAUCGAAUUGCAACUUGUAGUGAUGAUCAAACAGUGAAAAUAUGGCAAGAAUAUAAGCCUGGUAAUGCACCAGGGAUUAUUACAACAAAUAAUGAGUCUGUUUGGAAAUGUGUGUGUACAAUAACUGGUUAUCAUACAAGGACAAUUUAUGACAUUGAUUGGUGUAAAAUAACUGGUUUAUUAGUGACUGCAUGUGGUGAUGACAUUAUUAGAAUAUUUAAAGAAGAUAGUGAUUCUGAUCCUCAUCAACCAACUUUUACAAUGACUUGUUCUAUGGAUAUUGCUCAUACUCAAGAUGUAAAUUCUGUACAAUGGAAUCCCAUUAUUCCUGGACAACUUGCAUCAGCUAGUGAUGAUGGUUUAGUGAAAAUUUGGUUUUAUAAUGAAUAAUUGUUAUUUUAUAUAAUUGUAUUCUUCAAUAAUAAACAAUAAUAAAUUAUUUA